AUGUUCAUACCUGUCACAGUAAUGAUGGAACUAACUACACUCGUCGUAGCUUGCGUUGAAGAUGAAAUAUUAGCUACCACUAACGUUGAAGUUGGUGAUAGUACAGUUGAAGAAAUAUUUGAAGCUAAUGAACCAUUUGUAUUUGUAUCAUUUAGACCUGCAAAAAUGGAAGAGAAAAAAGAAAUUAGGUCACCAUCUAGGUCACCAUCUAGGUCACCAUCUAGGUCACCAUCUAGGUCACCAUCUAGGUUAGGUAAGGAUCGAUUGCGAAUUCUCUGUUAUUUUCU